CUCUGUCAACAAGGAUAAACAUUCUGAGUAUCAUACGUCGCCUACUCCUAAAUACCGGCGACUUAUUUUUAUGAUAAUCGAUGCAUUUCGAGCAGAUUUUGCAUUUGGACCCCUUAAUUUUUUCCCCAAGACUCAGAGAAUUUUGAGUCAAGGAAAUGGGUUGCAGUUCACAGCAGAGGUUCACCCUCCUACUGUUACUUUGCCACGAAUUAAGGUAAAUUACUUUAAAUUCAAUUCAUUUUCUGAAAUAUUUUUAUUUAUUAUUAAUCAUCAUUCAUACUCAUACAUUUACAUAUGUCUAAUUUACUUUUAAAUGAUAACCAUGUAUUAUUAAUAUUAUAUUAUUAUAUAUUAGUGAUACUAAUUUUUGUUUCUCCUUCCGAAGAUGACCAAGUCUAUUUUAAGGCCAUAUCGACAGUGAGUAUGCAGGUGGUUUGACAUGUGUCUGCAUGUUUGACACACAUGUCUUUGGCCUUGGGUCUUACUCCUAGACUUAUACUUAUAGAGUAGAGAGAGUGUAAACUGCAGGGCAUUGGAGCAGAAGUUUAAAAUUGGCUCCGACUCCAAGCUCCGGCUCCAUUAAAAGCUCCGGCUCCAUUAAAAGCUCCGGCUCCAUUAAAAGCUCCGGCUCCAGCUCUGAUUCCGGAGCGCCUCCGAAUAAUAAAACAAAUCAAAAUAAAUGUACAUAUAACAUAGUAAAACAUUUUUUAUUAUAUUUAAAGGAAAAUAACUUAAUUAAGUAUAAUAAUGCUGGUAUAACUUUAUUAAUCAGCAAAAUCUUGAUUCAUCCUCAGAAAUAAAAUAUUUUCCAAAAUAUCUGGUAUGAGCGAAGAACGCAAAUCGCCCACUAUAAACUUAAGUGCAGAAAAUAGCCUCUCUCUGUAGUUGGAAUAGAAUAUUUGACAUGGAGCUGGAGCCAAAUAUGUCAGCAAAUAUUUUUGCUCCAGCUCCAGUACAAGUGAAAUCACUAGCUCCGGGCAGCUCCGGCUCUAUUCCGUUCUGGAGCCGGUGGAGCCAGCUCCAAUGCCCUGGUAGACUGUAGGCCAUAUCUACUUUUCUUUGCUGCUCACUUGUUUUGGGCAUGAGUGAAAAGAUUGUGCACCAGCAGUGAGUCCUUCUUGCCAGUGUGUGCCAUCAAAAGCAAGUGUUUCCCAUUAGCUCAGAUUGAUGUCCAUGGGUUUAAAGGAACCCUUAAGAAAAUCUUUAAAGCAUUUUUUGUGCCUACCAGCAGCAGGGCCGGCCUGAGGGUUGCUGGCGCCCUGUGCAAGCUUAACUUUGGCGCCCCUUAUAUGUAUAAUCAUUAAAGGUGGUCGUCCAUUUAUUAUGUCAUCAAAAUGGUAGGGGGGGGGGGUGUGUUGGAAACGUUUGACAAUUUUUGACAGGGGGGAGGAAGGGAGGGGCCAGAACUGUUCAUUAUUUUUUAAAAAAACAACAAAAUAGGAAACUUUGGCGCCCCUUAUAUGUAUAAUCAUUAAAGGUGGUCGUCCAUUUAUUAUGUCAUCAAAAUGGUAGGGGGGGGGGUGUGUUGGAAACGUUUGACAAUUUUUGACAAGGGGGAGGAAGGGAGGGGCCAGAACUGUUCAUUAUUUGUUAAAAAAACAACAAAAUAGGUAAUAAACUCAUUACCGAAUAACUAGUUUUAUCCUUUAAUGAUUAUACUUAUAAAGGGCGUCAAAGUUAAGCCUUAGGUAAACUUUCGCCCUGUGUGAAGCACCGGUUCGGCGUCCCAUUCCCUGUCCCUGUAUAUGGCUCUGCUCUUUUUCCGAUUACGAUGUACCUUUUCUGCUAUACGCUUGCGAUUUUGCGCCCCACAACUCUUUUUGUUUCCCAUAUUCUUUCUGCUGAAAUAAUUGUAAGAGGGACAAGGAAAUAUGGUAUUAAUAAAUUAAUUUCCCCGCACUUUUGGUUGGUCCUAACCCCAGUGCUAGUAUCCAAAUUAAGAAUGCAACUUUCUUUGUAUGAAAAAUCAUUGUAUGAAAAGGGAUUGUGCGAAAAAUUAGAAUACCGUUUGUCGACCCCGGACCUGAGGUUCACACUUCAGUAUAAUUUACUGGGAUAUUUACUGGGCGUCCCUAUUGCCGUGGCGCCCUGUGCAAGGGCACAGAUGGCACACCCUUAAGGCCGGCUCUGCCAGCAGAGUGUUUCCCUUUGGAAAGUUCACAGUACAUUAGUUUUUUAGACAAUCUGCUGUCUGGCAUUUUUGCAACAUGUCCUGCACACUUGGACAUACUGUUUUCAUAACUCAAGCCCAAGGCCUGAACUUGAGACUGCACUGAGUGCUUUGACUUUAAAAAAAAUAAAUGAACUCAUUGACCAUAAGUGACAUAAGAAUAAGGACAUAAGUCAUAAGUUAAGAUAAGACUGAUAAGUUCAAACUCAAGUUAUUAUGCUACCUUCUACCCUCGACUAAGUCAAAAAAAUCUAACUAUCAUCAAGGCUGCUCUAAGUGUAAUCCUACUCUGUAAUGUCUUUUUUAUAAACAAUCAUUAAAAUGAUCUUGAAGGGUGGAGAAAAUAGACCUACGCACAGACAGAUUCAAAAUGAGUAUUUUGCAGUGCAGGGUGAAACCUUGAUAUGAUUUGGGAUUCCCAGGGUUGAAUUUCUUUAUUGUAAAUAGGGCAUGUCAUUUUAUCAACAAAAUUCCAUUGUCAUUAUAUUACAACUAUAUAAAAUAUGUUUAAAUUUUGGUGUCUAUAUUUGUUGUGUUUUUAAUGACAUAUUAUUAGACUUUUAAUGUAAAAAAAAUAAUUUAUAAAUGUAAGGGGUGACCAAUAUUUAUAGAGAGUCCACCACAUAGUGGAUGGAGAUUCUAUAGUUCACUAUACUCUACCAGCAAUCUUAGACUUGUUUAGCUAUAGGCCCUAUCUUAAUUUUCAGGCGACCUUAGAUGGUAAAAGAAUUUAACACUGUAACAACUAAGCUAAUGUUUUCCUCAUUUAUUGACAUUUUUUUUUUAAUCAGGCAAUUACAACUGGCAGCACACCAAGUUUUGUGGAUGUAGUUUUAAAUUUUGGAGCAUCAUCCUUGGAUGAGGAUAACAUAAUUGCUCAGAUGAAAAUGGAUGGACGGAAAAUUAUAUUUUUUGGAGAUGACACAUGGCUGCGCCUCUUUCCAGGAUAUUUUGACAGAAGUGAUGGGACAACAUCCUUCUUUGUUUCUGACUACAAAGAGGUUCAUGAUUUAACUUAAUUUCUUUAAAGUUUUUCAGUUCUUUUACAACUAAUUUUUGAAUUUAAGUUCUCUUUAAAGAUUUUCUUAGUUAUAGAAUUAUGCAAUAAAGCCUGGAAAAUGGCUAAAAAUGUUUUAAGCCCGUUAAUGAAAUUUGUUUAGAAUGCCAUAAAUAGUAAAGUAAACAAUGGAUGAUAAAACAAAAUUUGUUAAAUCCUAUAGAUUGCUUACUUGAUUGUUUUUACUUAAAAAAUUGCCUAAGCAUGAUUUUUGUUGUUUUUGUUUUAAAAGGUAGAUAUAAAUGUGACUCGUCAUCUGGGACCUGAAUUAUCAAAUCCCAAUUGGGAUGUCAUGAUUUUACAUUACCUUGGCUUAGAUCAUAUAGGUCACAUCAGUGGACCAAGCAGCCCUUUAAUCAGACCAAAGCUUGCUGAAAUGGAUUCUGUUGUUGAACAAAUUUAUGCUACUAUGAAUCAGUGGGUAAGGAAUAUUCCAUAGUUCUUGGUUUUAUAUCAUGUUUGACCAUAGAGGGUUUUAAAAAUGAAUUAUUAUUUUUUUUUAAUGAAAAAAGCGACACAAAUGGACACUUAAGUACUUAACCCGUUGAGCCUUUGACUCCUGAACUUUCUAUCUUAAAGGAAAAAGUACACACAGACAAACAAGCAAAGCAAAAAUUUUCUUUUUAAGUAUAAUAUUAAUUUUAUUUAAUUAAUUUAAACUUUUGAUAGCAUUAUUUUUAGUUUUAUACUGAUUAUCAAAUAGAGAAAACUGUAAUGGUUACUUAUUGGAAAUAAUAUGAUCCCUUUUCACACUUUUUAUUUCGCAAAGAACUUGUGCCAAGUAUAGACCAUUUUGCUAUUUUUUAAAACCAAAGCGUAUAUUUUAUCACUCUUUGUCUAAUGAUCUUCAUGAUCAAUAUCUAUUUUGCUUUCAAUCUAAUCCUUUUCUUAUCAAAUUUAUUACCCUUUAAAUCAAUGAGCGCAUUUUUCAUGAACUUUCUCUGCUAUAAGUCACUUAAAGCAGCAAGUAUUCAUAGUUUUAUCAUGCCUUUACUUUGUAACAACACUUAGUUAUACUAAAUGUUGCGUCAAAACUUUAACUUGCUUCAAGUCAUGUUGUUAGUUGUGACCUAAAUAUUACUAUCAUACCACAAGCUGCAUUUUCCAAUUGUGCUGAGGAUAUAGGUCCUGCUGUGUUUGAAGUUUGAAUAAAUAACUCAUUAAGUGGAAUCUCUGCAUUAAAGAUUAAACAUAAGAGCGUAAAGACACAUUCAUAAAGUCAACACAGUAUUUUCCUAUAAUGAAAAUAAUGUCAAAUUAAUAAUAGACUUGCAGCUGAUUUGAAAAUAAAAUUCUAGUACAAGUAAUUGUAAGUCCCGACAACCGGUAGUUUUACUUUAUCUUUACUUCCUUUAUUUCCUUUUAUCCCCAUUUAAAGAUUAUUUUUAUUCAAGGAAAAUGUUACAUGUAAUGCCAAUCAAUUAGAUGUAAUUUAUAUUCUCUUUCACGCUUAAGGUUUACUUUAAACUGUUCAGUAACUUUAAAAAAUAUCUCCAGAAUGAGCCCAGCCUUCUAGUGAUUUGUGGAGAUCAUGGUAUGAGUGAUCAGGGAGGACAUGGUGGUGCAUCAGCUGGAGAGAUUUCUGUACCAGUUCUUUUCUUAAGUCCUCAAAUAAAAAAUAAAGGUAAUAAACCAUUAAUACACCACGAUUGCAUUAACAGAAUGUUUUUUAAAAGAGCGAAAUAACAUCAAUAAACAAUUUUAGUGUCAACGUGUAACAAAAUUGGAAUUACUUAGUAAUAAAAGAGGUAGAGGGCUUCUGACAGGGGGUGACAGUUGGAAUUGAUUUCCCAAACCAGACAAUAUUUAGGGCCUGGUGUAAAACAUACUUGUACAACUUGACCAUUGAAUCUAUUUAUCCUCAUAUUUUUGCUCUGCCUGUGACUUUAACUCCAAGAGAAAAUUCUUUUAGCUACCAGAAGUGAAUUAAAACUUUAAAACUAUCCACAAGGAGACAAAAGUGGCAGAAUGGAGUCAGUACUUUAAUUCAAAGCAAACUACUCUUGGAAAUGAAAAGUAAUAAUUAAUUUGAUGAAGCAGAGUGGUGAUUUUGCCAAAUGAAAGGUCAACCUUUGUAUCCUAAUUGUGUAAAACCAUGCAGAAACAGUUCUUUUUUUUUAAAAAUCAAUAAUGUUUAGAUGGUUUUAUAAUUGGCACUAAAUUAUUCUGUUUUGUUUAAUGUAUUUAUUUCAGACCCGAGACAUGCAGGAGUUAUUUCCCAAGUUGACCUUUGCCCAACUAUUUCAGUACUCAUGGGUCUUCCGAUUCCCAAAAACAACAUUGGUAAAGUUGUGACAGAAACUCUGUUUGGCUUCAGCAUUUCCCAAAAAGUUUCCAUCAUGCAUCGGAAUGCAAAACAAGCUAUUCAGGUGUUGAAGAGCUAUUUAAAAGAUUUAGAUAAAGGUAGACAACAUAGGUUAAUCUUACAGAUAAGCUCUUGACUUUUUGUUUUUUUAAAGUGUACACAACAUUUUCGCUUAGUUCUUUGUGAUAAUAAACCAUUAUUUAAUUUAUUGCCUUCUUAAGUAAUGAUUUUAUUUGAAUCGUUAAGGCAAGAUUCGAUAAUAGUUUUUCCAUUUAAAGUAUUUAUUAGAUUUUUUUUUUAAAAAGAAAACAAAAAUUUGACUAUUUUAUAAUUUUCAUGCUUAAAAGUCUUAUUUGCUAUUAGAAAUUUCAUCAAAUGCUCUUUGUGUUUCUCCUCCCAGAUUCAGCCUACAUUUUGUAUAAGAAAGCCAAAGAGCAGCAUCAGGACUGGCUGCUGGUUAAAAACUCCACAGCUCAGGAUUCAUGGGAGGAGCUUGGCAAUUCUUUAUUGGUCUUGUAUUCUGAAAGUCUGAGUCUGUUAGCCAAGAAGGUGGAGUCUGUGGCAACACAGUAUGAUGUUUACUCUAUGGCCAUAGCUAUGGUUUUGUUGUGGAUGGUAUGUAGUGGAAGAUAAGCAAACCUCCUUGUUUACCUCCUCAAGGUUUAUUAUUACAACUACUGUCUAUGUAAUGGUCCUGUAUUUACUGAUGUGGAUACCUCAUACCCUAAUGUGGUCCAUUCCAAAAUAUGCUAUUCCAGAGCAUGUGUGAUGCAACUUCUCUUAAUUGUUAUACAUAUAAAAAGAGAUGUACUUUAGAGGGAAUCAUACAUAAAUAAAGAGAUGUACUUUAGAGGGAAUCAUACAUAAAUAAAGAGAUGUACUUUAGAGGGAACAUACAUAAAUAAAGAGAUGUACUUUAGAGGGAAACAUACAUACAUACAUACAUACAUAAAAAAAGCCAUAUACUUUGGAGGAAAAUGGUUGGUUAACAAUUGAAAAAUAAUCUCUUACCAGACAGUCAAAAUAAUGCAUUGUAGAAUUCAUAUAACUCUGAACUUUAAUUCAAUAUUUAAUUACCUUUUUAUUUUAUAUUGCAUGAAAUUAUGUAUCCCUUGUAUAAAAUUCUAGAUAUUUUAGUACCAAUUUUUUUUUUAUAGAAAUUUUUAUAUUCAUGUGACAAGGGAGAGCACUCUAUAACCUAUCAACCGAUGAAAAGCACUACACUUGUAGUGCAUAGAAAAACAGCAGAUCUAAAAGACCAAAUAUAUUAUGUUAGAUUGUGUUUUUUUUUUUACAGGUUAUUUUGGUUAUGAUUUUUUUUCACUGUCCACCAGUUGCUAGUUACGUUUGUAUUGAGUCAGAUGAAGAGAAGUCCCAACCUUGUGUCUGUUUCCUUAUCAACUCAUAUGACUCGUUUGAGUAUUACCAGUGGCACUGCCCUACUGACACACAUCACGAUGUGCACAGGUACACCUCUAACUUAGAGAUAAUUAUUUGUAUACACGGCCUGGCUUGGAGGUUAAAUAUUUACAAGCCACUUUAUGAGCUAAGCUGAGUUUAACUCAUUAGUGUUUUAAGUGCAGUUCUUUUAAUUUCCCAAACUCAUCUGCCCACCCCACUGCACAACAUCUUUUGCUGUAGUGCAUAGAAAAACAGGGCCAUAGGCAAUGUUACUGCCUUGGAAAUCGUAUUAUGUUCAAUCAGGGCCCUAGGCAAAUUUGCUGCCAUGGAAAAAUAUCAAUUGUUUUUACUAAGUUAUAGAGUUAGAAGAAGUUUAGCAUGGCUUCCGAGGCUCUUGAGAUUUUUAUUAGCAAGCUUAAAUAAUGAAUCUGUUGGUUGAAGAUUUUAAUCAGACUUUAAAAAUAAUAAGCCAUCCUUAGUGGAUUCCCAUGGUGAUAAAUGUAAACUUGUGAAAAUGUAUUACAAGUUUAACUCCAGAUAUAAUAAUUUGAUGUUUAUUUCAUAAUUGUCUUUCUUUUUCUUCAUAAUUAUUUAAUUCUUGCAUUUUGAUACUUGUUCUUUAAAAAAAUAGUUUCAAUUUUUGUCUAUUUAUAUAACAUGUAAUUUAUCUUACCAUAUCAUGCUACAUUAACUUGAUAGUUGAAAGCUUUGUAUCAAUUUUGUAUCACACCCUAUACAGAAUCAUGUAUUUUAAUUUUAUGCAGCCAAUUCCAGAAUAAUCUGUGUAUCCAAAUUUGAUUGUGUACAAGUCAUUUUUAAUUACUUAAAUUGUAUACAUGUACAUGUUAAUAAUUUUAACUUGUAGGUACAAUAACACAUUUAAUUCUAAAAAUCUUAAAAUAUGUCUGUUCUUUAUGCUGAAAAAGAAAAUCUAUUCAUACUUGACCAGUUUCUUUUAUGUGGUGAGCCCAGUAAUUUGAUGUGUAUAUCUUGUCAUUUUUCACCAAUAUCCUCUAGAUGGUGAGCCCAGUAAUUUGAUGUGUAAAUCUUGUCAUUUUUCACCAAUAUCCUCUAGAUGGUGAGCCCAGUAAUUUGAUGUGUAAAUCUUGUCAUUUUUCACCAAUAUCCUCUAGGUGGUGAGCCCAGUAGCCUGAUGUGUAAAUCUUGUCAUGUUUCACCAAUAUCCUCUAGAUGGUGAGCCCAGUAAUUUGAUGUAUAAAUCCUGUCAUUUUUCACCAAUAUCUUUUAGGUGGUGUGCCCAGUGAUUUGAUGUGUAGUUCAAGCUUCCUAAGCAUUGGUGUACAACUGACUGUUGCUGCCAUCUUUGCCACAUGCUCCUUGUACUUACUGAAAGAAUGGCAAAGAUGCUUGACACUAUUUUCACAAAUUAAAGUAAGACAAAUUGUUAAAAUACAUUUUUAAUAAAACAUUAUCUUAUCAAUGUUAAGUUAGAUUAAGUUUUAAGUUUAAGCUGACCAGAGACCACUCCUUGUCAUCAAACCUGAUGCUUAAAACAAGAGUUAAAAAAAACAACAUUAUUCUUAUUUGACGACUAUUCUGAACUGUCAAUUCAAUAUUAAGGUGACUUAUUUAUUUUUAUAUGUAAAAACACCCAAUAAAAAAAGUAUAGAUAACCGAUUGUUGUUUUCAGGUAAGUCUAAAAGAACUAUUAAUAAGGCAAAAAUUGUUUUGUAUGUGUAACCUUUCUUCCUAUACUGAUAUCGCUGUUACUGUUAUUAUAAGGUGUUAUGGCCAAAGCAUAUACCUCAAUGAAUAUCAGUUAGUGGGUUAACUAUUAACUAUUUCUCACAACAGUAAUAAUACAAAGUCCAAGAAUUCCCAUAUCACUUAUUUAUUUUCAUAUAAAACUACACAGAAUACACACAUCUGACGAAUAAUAAAAGGAUGAUUAAACACAGUUCAGUCAUAAUAAAUCCAUUUCUUUUAGAAAAUAACAUGAGAUCGAAACUUCAAAAACGCUUUUUUCAUUCAAUACAAAAGGGCUACUCUUGUAGUUCCUCCUUAUCUAAAUUUAUAUCUAUGCAUGACUAAUCUGACACUAAAUUGUGCUUUUUCACUCAACUGAAAAUCAACAUCAAAUAUCAUUAUGUUACAGUAUGUAAAAUGUAAAUAGUAUUUACAAAGACAAUCAUUGAUACGUCUGUACAAUUCUACAAGUGUUAUAUAUAUAUAUGUUGUUUUUCUUUAAAGUAUAGCCUGUAUAAAGUUAGCCCUCUUAAAUCUAUUUUCAGGUAUGGAGAAGAAAGACAAGUCUGCUCGAAAUAUUCCUUGCAGCUGGCACUGUGACCCAUACAUUUACACUUUUAUCAAGCAGCUUUGUGGAGGAGGAGCAUCAGACUUACUACUUCCUGACAACUACUGUCCACCUCCUCUGUAUGAUGUGGCUGGUCAUCCAUAUUCUUGGCCUAGGUCAUGGGAGUCAACUAGGAUCAACUGGGAGUACAAAGC